AUGAGUAGCCGCCCUCAGUCUGCUUCUGCCGCGCCAACGCCUCCUCAACUUCCUCCGACGCUAUCCUCUCCAGUGGAGGUGCUCCAGGAAGAAGAUGCUGAGGACUCUCUUGAAGCGGACGACCUCAAGGACACGGUCUUGAGAGUGAAUUCCAGGAACCAACUCAGCCCCGAUCCGAGGAAAAGUCGUUUACGAGGAACCAAAGAGUCCAACUUGUCUGAUGGAGGCACCAAAAGAGGGAAGGAAGCUUUGAAGGCCAUGAGAGAUGAUGCCCAUGUAGAAAGGACCAGGGAAGAGGAAGAGAUUGAUCGAGGGGAAGUCUUGGAGGAAAAUAUUGGCCUGCGAAUAGCAUCCAUGAAGAAGGCCGGAAAAGGCUACGACCUUGAGAGCUUUAGUUGGUUCAGGAGAAAAUGUCACGACUUGGUUGUUUGGAAUGGCUUCGACACUGCGAUCGGAGUAGUCAUCAUGGUCAAUGGCAUGACCAUUGGCAUUCAAGCGCAAGCAUCCGCCAAGAUACCCUUGGGCUGCAACUCAAGAUGUGGUUGCAAGAUCCCAAACACCGUGUGCUUUGAGGUGCCAACCUGGAUCGAUAUUCUGGAAUGGUUUUUCUUGGUGGUCUAUUGCAUCGAGCUCAGCUUGCGCUUCUACGUCUUCAGGUGCCCGGUGCUGCGGAGCAACUGGGUCCGCCUAGACUGCUUCCUGGUGCUGUCUGCCAUCGUAGACGUGGUGCUGGCACAGGUGCAAUUUGAGAACGAGUAUUUACAACAGUUGAUGCUGGUGCGCAUGUUCAGACUAGCACGUCUGGCGCGAGCUGUGCGGUUGUUGGUGACGUUCCAGACGCUAUGGAUGCUUGUGCAAGGGUUGAUGCACAGUAUCUUGACGCUGUUUUGGACGUUCGUCAUGAUCAUCACUCUGAUCUUUAUCUUCGCUGUGCUUGGUAUGGAAUUGAUCCAGGUGGACUUGAGCUUGCCCACGGAUCAUCCCUACAACAUGGCAGCGAUGAAUUUUCGGACACUUCUGGAUUCUUCAUUGAUCCUUCUCCAAUGCUUUUGUUGGGAUAGCAUCAGCAGCGUUUAUCGGCCUUUGAUUAAACACAGGCUCCACUUGUUCCUUUACUUCAUGGGGGUUCAGUUGGUUCUGGCCAUUGCGCUGAUGAACCUGGUUACAGCUAUCAUGGUUGAAGGAUCACUGGCACAAGCAGACGAGGACAAAGAAGCCAAGAAGGCGUAUGCCAGUGCCAAGAGGAAGAAGCAAAUGGAACGGCUUCGAGACAUGUUCGCGGAGCUGGAUGAAGAUGGCUCUGGUGAGCUGACAAUGGAAGAGAUCGAAGAUGCACCACCAGGCAUUCGAGCUCAACUGGUGGAGAUUGCAGGCACUGAGGAUAUUGGAUCGCUCUUUGAAAUGCUUGAUUAUGAUGGCAGUGGCACCGUUGGAACCGACGAAUUCUGCGACGGAGUCAUCAAGGCUGCCAACGGCGUCACCCCAGUGGAGAUGAGUCGACUGAUCAAGUCUCAAGCCCAGGGCGAUGUGUAUUGGUAA